CCUAACUACUGUGUGCAGUCGCGUCGUGAAAACCAUGCCGCUUGAUUCGCGUUGGUGCUGCGUUUGAGCUUCCUUUUUGUACCCCUUCAUUAGAGACUGAUUGCUAAGUGCUUACAAGCCAAGAGAAAACUGUAGUUGGAAAAUCGUUUCAACUUGGACACAAUAUUUACAUCGAACUAUCUCAAAUAUGGAUACGGUAGCUGAAGAAAAUGUGACGAUGGUAAUAACGAUAAAAGAAGAAAAGUCGCCAGGGGCCGAAAAGAUAGAAAUGAGAAAUUACAGAAAGAUAAAGGAAGUAGAGUUGGAAGGACCGAAUGAAAAUACGAUUUUGAGGCCACCAACAAAACUUGAAUCCUUUGACGAUGCUUUACCACACGUCGGCGAUUUUGGUCGUUACCAAUUACUGUUACUUCUUGCAUUAUUUCCAUACGCCGUUGCUUACUCUGUUCUCUACUUCUCACAAUUUUUUUUUACUCUCGUGCCGAAGGAGCACUGGUGUAAAAUUCCGGAGCUUAUGGAGAGUUUUACUACUGAGCAGAGGAUAGAAGCAGCGAUACCACCAUCAAAGGAAUAUCCCUUCUACGACACGUGUCGCCGGAAAGAUCUGAAUUUUACGGCUGUCCUAGCCAACGGCAACCGUGACAUUCACUUGCCCGCUUGGACCACCAACAGGACUGUCGAGUGCGAAACUUGGGAGUACAAUUUUACGCAAAUCCCGUAUGCUAGCAUUGGUGCCGAGCUAGAUUGGGUAUGCGAAAGCAGUUAUCUCAUCUCAACGGCUCAGACGAUAUUCUAUUGCGGCUCGAUUACCGGUGGCUUCCUUUUCGGCUGGAUCGCUGAUCAUCGUGGACGUAUUCCAGCUCUGAUACUUUGCUCCGGCUGUGGAUUGUUGGCUUCUUUUGCCACUGCUUGGACAUCGACGUUUUGGACUUUUGUCAUCGCGAGAUUCUUCACGGGACUGGCUUUCGAUAACGUGAUUAAUAUUCCGUUGAUCAUAGUAUUAGAAUACAUGGCCGUAAGAAGACGAAGCUUGGUGGUGAACAUUGCUUUCGGUUUAUACUUUGCCCUCGGCAGUACCUUAUUGCCAUGGGCUGCUUAUUACAUAGCCGACUGGCGCAUUCUCUGUUACGUCAGUGCUUUGCCGCUUCUCAGCUGCUUCAUCACUCAUUGGAUACUCCCUGAGAGCGCGAGAUGGUACGUGUCGAAUCGUAUGUCGGAUAAGGUUAUUGAGAAGCUCAAGCGAAUCGCCAGUGUGAACGGAGCCAAGCCCGAUCCGCAUCUGUACGACAUAUUUUACAGAAAGUUAAAUUCGUCGGAACAUCAGGUGGAAUCAGCCAAUCUCGCUGACAUUUUUCAGAUGAAGAGAUUAGCCAGAACGACGAUUUUGUUAACCUGCUAUUGGGUGUUGACGGUGAUAGCAUUCGACGGUCACGUCUAUUCGUUGAAAUUACUAGAGAGUUCAGUGUUCGUGUCGUUUUCGGUUUCUUGUGCCACGGAACUGCCAGCUGGCAUCUUGCUCACCGUACUCCUCGAUCGAUGGGGUCGUCGACUAUGCGGUUUCAUCACCAUGGCUUCGACCACAGCAUUCAGUAUCGCUGAACUCCUUCUACCAUCAGAGCAAACGAAGUUAGUGAUGUCGGUGUCGUCACGAUUCGCCCUGAAUAUGGCAGCUAACAUUGGACUUCAAUACGCGGCGGAAUUAUUGCCGACGCCGGUGCGCGCCCAAGGUGUUGCGAUGAUCCACAUAUUUGGCAUUCUCGCUCACGGUGUUGCUCCUUACAUCGUCGAUAGCGCUCAGCUGUGGCUCAAUCUCCCGAUGGUGAUAAUAUCGUGCGUCGCGUGUACUAGUGCCAUUCUCGUGCUAUUUCUACCGGAGACACUUGGCCAAGCUCUACCGCAAACUCUGCAGGAAGGUGAAGAUUUUGGAAAGGAUCAGUCCUUUUGGAAUCUGCCGUGUUUCGGUAGAUCUAACAAGAAGAAUACUUCGACGAACAGUAAUGACAGUAAUAAUCAUACGACGAAAACUACUUUAUUUGUCGACAUGGAAGUUAGAGAAUAUAAAGAGGAAGAGGUAGAUGAGAAUAAUCAACCAAAAAUCGAUAGUUUUGACGACAUUUUGCCAUAUAUCGGCGAAGCAGGACGAUACCAAUGGUUUCUUUUUUUAAUAUUAUUGCCUUUUACGGUAGUUUAUGCAUUUCUAUACUUCGUUCAAUAUUUCCUAACACUGAUACCAGAGGAACAUUGGUGCAAAAUACCAGAAUUCGAUGAGACGAAUCUCACAGAUUGGCAAAAGAUAAAUUUAUCCAUACCGCUGAAAUCCUACAUUGGCGAUGCUGAUGAAAGUUACGUCUUGUAUUCACGCUGUAAAAUGUAUAUUACAAAUUAUACGGAAGUACUAAUGACUGGACAGAAACCAAAACAUGAUACACCAGUUGGAGAUUGUCGACAUGGAUGGUCCUUUAAUAUGACUAGCGUUCCUUACAUAUCGCUUGGUGCUGAGUUGGAAUGGGUAUGCAGUAAGUCGCAUCUUGGCACGACUGCUCAGUCGAUUUUUUUCAUAGGCAGCAUUUUUGGUGGUUUCAUUUUUGGUUACAUUGCUGACCACUACGGACGUAGACCAGCUCUAAUCGCUUGUAAUGCAGUCGGACUUAUGGGGUCGAUUUGCACACCAUUUUGCAAUGGUUAUUGGUCCUUUAUUCUUGUUCGCUUUGUUGUUGGCACUGCAUUCGAUAAUUGCUACAAUAUUCUGUUUAUUAUUGUAAUGGAAUACGUAGGACCGAAACACAGGACGCUAAUGUUAAAUAUGUCAUUAGGAAUAUAUUUUGCUUUUGCCGCAAGUUUACUACCGUGGAUUGCGUAUUGGGUAUCGAAUUGGAAAAUACUUACCAUAAUCUCUGCACUUCCGCUUACUAUUGUAUUCGUAACUCCUUGGGUUGUUCCGGAAAGUGCCAGAUGGUAUAUACAAAAUGGUCGUAUAGACGAGGCUGUGAACGUAAUAAAGAAGCUCGCCAGAGUCAAUAAAAAAAACAUUGCGAAUGAAGUUUAUGUAGAAUUUGCGAAAAGUUGUAAUGCAAUGAAGAAUAACGAAUCUAAUAACAAUGGUACUAUGAUAGAUUUAUUCAAACUAGGAAGACUGAGACGAAUGACUGUGGUACUUAUCGUUAACUGGUUGAUGAUAGUAUUUAUAUUUGAUGGACACAUUUGGAACAUGAAGUCAUUACAUCCGAAUGUAUUUAUAUCAUUUUCGUUAGCUUCAAUAUCAGAACUUCCAGCUGCCAUUGUCGUCAAUUUUUUGUUGGACAGAUGGGGUAGACGUUGGAUGGGUUUUUUGUCUAUGUUUAUGUGCGGAGUCUUUUCUUUUAUUGCAUUAGGAAUGCCCAUUGGUGCAUCAGCAAUGUGGAUGGCUGCUUUAGCUCGACUAGGAGUCAACGUUGCAAUCAACAUUGCAUUUCAGCAAUCUACAGAAUUACUGCCCACUGUCGUUAGAGUGCAAGGAAUUUCGCUUAUACAUAUCAUCGGAUACAUAGCACAUACUUUGGGGCCCAGUGUUAUCUAUAUGUCAAAUAUCAAACCGUGGCUACCGCUGGUACUUUUAGGAAGCUUGUCGUUCGUUACUGCUUUUUUGACUCUUACAUUGCCUGAAACAAUGGACCAGCAGAUGCCAGAUACUCUUGAAGAUGGUAAUAACUUUGGGAGAAACCAGAACUUCUUGUGGAUUCCUUGUACCAAUAUGAAAAUGUACAAAAAUGUAAAAAAGACUGAGAAUUAAAUAACAGUUGAUCUUAUUACGUAGUUUAUGAACUGGUGCUGAAAUAUACAAUAAAAUUAUAGAGAAAUACUCAUCAUGGUUAUAAAAUAAAGUGAUUUAUACAUUUUUGAUAUAAAAUAUUUUCGAUUAAGAUCAAGAACAAUAUUAUUGUUUUUCUCAUGAUAGAUGUGUAGAAAAAUAUGUGUGUCAAUAAUGGUCAUUCGUUUUACUUUGACUUUUGAUUCGAUCGAAAAAUGACUAAUAAAACGAAAGUGACUAGACUACCAUGUAGAUUUAAAAUAACUUAUCAAGAACGUCAAGAUGAGAACGUUUUAAAACCGAUAUAAUUAGUUUUCUU